GGGAGGAGUGCGGGGAGACGGUUGUAGGGCUCGCGCCCGUGCCGGAUCCUGGGCCGCCGAGGGGCGCGGAGACGGAGGGGAGGGGAGACAGCAGCAGCAUGGCGGCGGGGUGCGAGCCGCCCCCUCUUCCCCGCUGUCGCCGCCGCCGUCGCCGCAGUCGCUGGGAUCCUGUGGUCUGCGCGUGUUCGUUGUAAGCUCGCCUUCGGCCAGUCCGCACUCGCUUCAGCGGCCAUCCUUGCUCUCGCCGCCACUGCCAAGCCCGAGGGUCGUGCCCGCCCGGGAACUCACCAUCCCACCCCACCCACCACCAGCCCCGCGGCCCGGGACCAUGGAGGACGUGAAGCUGGAGUUCCCCUCGCUCCCCCAGUGUAAAGAAGAAGCCGAGGAAUGGACCUACCCAAUGAGGCGGGAGAUGCAGGAAAUUUUACCUGGAUUGUUCUUAGGCCCAUAUUCUUCUGCUAUGAAAAGCAAGCUACCUAUACUACAGAAACAUGGAAUAACCCAUAUAAUUUGCAUACGACAAAAUAUUGAAGCAAACUUUAUUAAACCAAACUUUCAACAAUUAUUUAGGUAUUUAGUCUUGGAUAUUGCAGAUAAUCCAGUUGAAAAUAUAAUACGUUUUUUCCCUAUGACUAAAGAAUUUAUUGAUGGGAGCUUACAAACUGGAGGGAAAGUUCUUGUCCAUGGAAAUGCAGGGAUCUCCAGAAGUGCUGCCUUUGUUAUUGCAUACCUUAUGGAAACGUUUGGAAUGAAAUACAGAGAUGCAUUUGCUUAUGUUCAAGAAAGAAGAUUUUGUAUUAAUCCUAAUGUUGGAUUUGUACAUCAACUUCAGGAAUAUGAAGCCAUCUAUCUAGCAAAAUUAACAAUACAGAUGAUGUCACCACUUCAGAUAGAAAGAUCAUUAUCUGUUCAUUCUGGAACUACAGCUCUCACUGGGAAAAUCCCUAUUACUAAGAGAUUUCUAAGAAGCAAUGGAAAAUAAGGAGAAAACAUGUUUGUCUAGCAGAAACUCAAGAAAGAAUCUGGGAGUCAAAAUUGGCCCUAACAGUCUAAGUCAUUGUACAGUCUUACUCUAGAAGAAAUAAAUUCAUUGAAAGGAAACAGUGAAAAUCAAAGAAUGAAGUUCUUCCUUCUCAAGAAGGUCAUCCAGAGAACAAAAUAAAAUCACCAUCUGCAGAGAAAUGAAGAAUUACAGAAACACAGAAAGGCAGUUAAGUACCAGGCAGAGUAACACUGGAGUGCUUUCCUUAGGAAGAACUGCCUGUGAAGGUGGGAAAGUCCUGGGUAAUCUCUCUGGAGAGAUGGUGGGGUUGGACUAAUUUUGAAAUUCCUGCUAACCUUCACAUAUAAAGUUAGAAUAUAUGCUGGUAUAUUUUUGAAUUGGUGAUGAAACUUCUGUGAAUAACCUAAACACAUGACAGGAAAUACUACAAUCAAAAAAUCUCUAAAGCUCCACCUAGGUCUUAUGCUAUAGUAAUUACUGAAGAUUAGGUAUUUUGCAAAACAAAGUGAUUGCUACUUCUAGAACAACUUGAUCAUAUUAAAUAUUUAAAUAACAAAAUACCUAAGUUGUUAUUUGAGUAACUUUGAGCUACUUGAAUAGAAACACAAGUAGGCACCAAACAGGGUUCUCCACAAGACAUCAUUUCCCUCUCUUUCCUUUGGGGAAAGGUGCACCAUACUUACUCAUAAAUUGUUCAGGGUUGAUGGCUCCAGUCUCUGUCAGCUGACCCAGGACCUUAAAAAAGCCUAGUUUUGAAAAACAGAUUUUAAGUCAUGAGAAGAGCAAAAACAAGAUACGAUAUUAAAAGAAGUAGUUUUAAGUAGAUAAUAGGCAAUUGUUUUUUGAAAGCCUUCCAUAAUGAUUCAUCUUUUAAUUAUUUUAUAAUUCUUUCUGUGCUCACUACAUAUAAUAAAAACAGAUCUCAUGAGCUGCCUUACAGGCCUGAAGUUUCUGAAAUAGUGCUGUACCGUCAUAUCCAGCAUGCACAGAUCCAGCACAAAGCUUUCUCAGUGCAAUUGAAGUUCAAUGCAGUGCCGACAAGUUUUCCCAAACAUACAGUUCAGUUUUACUUAGAAGUGCAAAAGUCUUACUAUGAGCAAAUACGGUAUCGGUAACCAAAGUAUAAAUAGUUUUUUAGUCUUAUUUUUUGCAUAUUCAAUGAUCAAAGCAAAAUUAUCUUCUUCAGAUUUCAUACUAAAGAGAAAACUAUAAAAAGUAAAAAGUAAAAUCUUGACUUUUAAUUACCAAAGUUUAAGGACAUUAUUUGGGAGAGUUUACAUGUUUCAAAUAUAUAUAAUAUAGAAAUAUAUAUAUGUGUGUAUAUACACACACACCUACACACAAAACCCUUUUAACUUAUCCAGGAAAACUGAUACCUGCCCUCACUUCCCAUUUGGCAUCUUUUGGAAGGUUCUUCCUUAUGUGUCAUCAUGCAUGAUAAUUUCACCUAUUUGAGAAAUCUUUUGGCUUAAUUAGGAAGUAGCAAUGUUGUAUUUAAGUUAUUUCACAAUAUUUGGACUUAGCCAUGACACCAAAACAGUGGAAUUGGGUGGCCCUGAUAUUUUAAAAACAACAAUCCAAAAGUAAAGAAUACUUUAUAAAGGUAGCAGCAUCAUGCUUAUGGAGAAAACAAGGCUAAUUAUAAUCCUGAUAAUUAGGACUUGUAAACUAGGUGCCUUCAUACCUCUGU